AUGAUGGACAACGUCGAGGAACCCUGGGAGUUAAUUAUCUUUAAUACCUUACAAAAUCUAAGGACUAUCAAUAUAUGUGUUCUUGGCUUUUCCGGAUUUCUGGGCUAUGAAAAACUUGCACAUUUACGGCUUUCUGAUGGUAUCUUCAAUAAAACACAUCUGAGAGAUUUAUCCAAAAAAGCAAAACAGAUAUUUAUCGUGACGGAGUUUGGGUGUAAAAUAAAAGAAGGCGAUGAGUAUAUUUUUAGAGCCAUAACAUCUUCAAGAAAAAACGAACGAUUGAGACCAAAACACGAGCCAUUAUCAUCACCAAAAUUUAGCCCACAUAGUUUAAGAUCGGGUGGCGCAACUGCUGCAGCAAAUAGAGGAGUACCAGACAGAUUAUUCAAAAGGCAUGGGCGGUGGAGAUCCGAAAAGGCAAAAGAUGGAUACGUUCAAGACGACAUUAGCAUUUUAUUGUCUGUUUCUGAAAGUUUAGGUCUCUGA